UCAUGCAGAUCAAGAGAAACAUAUGUCUUCAUCGUCAUCUAGUGAAUUAUCAGAUCAAUGCGACGAAUUACAACGUUUAGAGGAUGCACCACCUUUUUGGAGGAACCCUAAUAAGAGGUUAUCGAAACAACUUUCCAUGUGUGAGAUUCCACGUGACAUUGCAUGGGAAAAAAGACGUCGUCAAUUUCUCCUUCAAGAGAGGAAAAAGAAUAUUAUUGGGAAUACUCAAGACCUUGAAGCUUAUGUGACUGAUGAGGAUUUGAAUGAACUAAAAGGUUGCAUAGAAUUAGGAUUUGGAUUCAACGAAGAAGAAGGACAAAGAUUAUGUAACACAUUACCCGCACUUGAUCUUUAUUUCGCGGUAAAUCGUCAGUAUUUAACGAGCCCAAUCUCUUCACCGGGUAGCAAUAAAGGAUCAAUGUCAUCUCCUGGUUCGUUGAAUUCCCUCGGAGGAAGGUCAUCAUCGUUUGGAAGCCCUAGAAGUGAUCAUGUUGAUGCAUGGAAGAUUUAUAGCCCAGGUGAUGAUCCUCAACAAGUUAAGACAAAGUUGAGGCAUUGGGCGCAGGCAGUAGCUUGUUCCGUCAAACAGUCUUAUUGAAGAUGAUGAAGGGGUGGUUCUGACUAUGUUUUCUAUUCAAGAAAUUGAUUUCCUCUUCAUCGUAUUGACCGAUCUAGACCCUCGGACUUUUGCGGACUGAAAUUUA